ACCGGGUGCCAGAGCUGUCCUUGGAGCUGGGGAGCAGGGGACAGGAUGGCUCCGCGGAGAGCUGUGCAGCUGUCCCUGAAGAAGCCCACCUAUGCCGUGUGUGUGGUGGGGACCGAGAUUCAGGUUAAUGUCCACAGAGAUGUGCCCAGGGGUGCCAAGACCUUCAGGGUCUCUUCGAGCUCUAAGGUGCAGGUCUUAGUGGCCUCUGAUCCCAGACGGAUGACAGAACCCACAGGCAAGGCCCACUGGUCACUGGACGCCACCGUGGACGUGAUCUUAUCCGUGGACACAGCCAGUGAGGAUGUAAACGACCUCAAGGUGAAGGUGUCAUAUUUCAAGCAGCAGGAGAACCAUCCCCUGGCCCACAGCUUGCUGUACCUGACUGCAGUGGAUGUUUCCCUUGAUGUCGACACCAGCCGCACAGGCAAAGUGAAGAGACGCCAAGGGGACAAGAAAACUUGGCGCUGGGGCCCCGAGGGCCACGGGGCCAUUCUGCUGGUGAACUGUGACAAGGACAGCCGUGGGUCCCCGGAGCCCGAUCUCAGCAGCAGCCAGCUGGCGUCGCUGGACGACCUACAGGACAUGUCCCCCAUCGUGCUGACCUGUGACGGCCCCGAUGAGGUCUUUGACAGACACAAGCUGGUCCUGAGCGUGUCCCUGUCCGACUCCAGGAGGGUGCGGGUCUUCCAAGCUCGGGGUAGAACUUCCGUCUCCAACUACAAGCAGGUGCUGGGGCCCCAGCACCUGUCCCACAGAGUGGAGCGGCGUCCUGGGGAGCGGGAGAUCAGGUUCUGUGCUGAGGGGCUUGCUUUUCCCGACGCAGACUUCUCAGGGCUGCUUUCUCUCAGCGUCCGCCUGGUGGACACAGCGUCCCUGCCCGAGGUGCCUCUCUUCACAGACACCGUGGUCUUCCGGGUGGCGCCCUGGAUCAUGACCCCCAGCACCCAGCUGCCCCUGGAGCUCUAUGUGUGCAGCGUCACAGACGCGCACGGCUCCAAUGAGAAGUUUCUGGAUGACAUGGCUGACCUGGCGCUGAAAGCCAGCUGCAAGCUGGUCGUCUGCCCCCGGGUGGAGAAUCGUAAUGACCGCUGGAUCCAGGAUGAGAUGGAGUUUGGCUACAUCGAGGCCCCUCACAAGUCCUUCCCAGUGGUCUUCGACUCCCCCAGAAACAGAGGCCUGCGGGAUUUCCCCUAUAAGAAGAUCCUGGGUCCGGACUUCGGCUACGUGACCCGGGAGCUCCUCUUCUCCGGCGCCUCCAGCUUAGAUUCCUUCGGCAACCUGGACGUCAGCCCACCCGUGACAGUGGGCGACACCGAGUACCCCCUGGGCCGGAUCCUCAUCGGCGGCAGCUACCCCAAGUCCGGCGGGAGGCGGAUGGCCAAGGUGGUGAGAGACUUCCUGGAGGCCCAGCAGGUGCAGGCGCCCGUGGAGCUCUACUCAGACUGGUUGUCCGUGGGCCACGUGGACGAGUUCCUGAGUUUUGUGCCCACCUCUGACCCGAAGGGCUUCCGGAUGCUCCUGGCCAGCCCCAGCGCCUGCCUUAGGCUGUUUCAGGAAAAGAAAGAGGAGGGCUACGGGGAGGUGGCCCAGUUUGCUGGGUUAAGACACAAGGCAAGGAGGAGCAUCAACGAGAUGCUGGCAGACAGACACCUGAGGAACGACAGCCUCCAGGUCCAGAAAUGCAUCGACUGGAACCGGGAGGUGCUGAAGCGGGAGCUGGGCCUGGUGGAGGGUGACAUCAUCGACGUCCCGCAGCUCUUCUCCCUGAAGGGCGUCUACGCCGAGGCCUUCUUCCCUGACAUGGUGAACAUGGUGGUGCUGGGCAAGCACCUGGGCAUCCCCAAGCCCUUCGGGCCGGUCAUCAACGGCCGCUGCUGCCUGGAGGAGAGGGUGCGCUCGCUGCUGGAGCCGCUGGGCCUCCACUGCACCUUCAUCGACGACUUCACCCCCUACCACCUGCUGCAGGGCGAGAUUCACUGCGGCACCAACGUGCGCCGGAAGCCCUUCGACUUCAAGUGGUGGCACGCGGUGCCCUGAGCCCUCGCCCACCUGCCGUCCCCUCUGCCCUCCUGCUGGGCUACCCUACCCGGCAAGGACGAGACACACACCGGCCUCCCUCCUCUGGGGGGCCCUUGGCACUCCCACCUCAGUGCCUGCAAGCAUGCGGGCCACGGUGGGCACUGGGUUUCAGGGGUGAACGCCGCCCUGCCUGGCCCAAGGGUGACUGACCCCGUCUUCCCCUCACCUUCCUCAGCCAUGGCCCCAGAGGUCCGAGGCCUGUAGCCUUUGCAUGAACAAGCUGGCUUCAAACGGCUCCCUUCUAUCUGGACACCUUAUCGGGGCUCAGGAAGAGUGGGGUUGGGUCUGCACCAGGAGUGGGAGCUGAUCCCUUAGCGUCUGCUGUGAGGACGCCAGUUCCCGGCAGCCUAUGGCUCUCAUCAGACCAGGAAGAGAGAUCUGGGCACCCUCUUUCCAAAGGGGACCCAGGCGAUGACCCCCAGUGCCCUUCAGCUGUAGGAAGCAAACAGGGACAGGAAACCCCGGUGUCUGAGGACUUGUUUUUUAAAAAGGAGGCAACGAAACCCCUUUAAUAUCUGCCUCAGACCUCAAAGGGUGCUUGUUACCUGUCUGGAAGCCUUUAAUUAGGAGAGCUGGCUGCUUCCGGCCUCAAAGUGCUGAGCAGUGGAGAGGGACUUAGGGCGACUGAGUAGGGAGCCUGGGGAGGAGGCCAGAGCGGCAGAGGAAGCUGGGCAGGGACCUCCAGGCCUGCAGGCUUCUGUGCCCUGGGACCUCCAGGGCUUUGGCAUUUGGACCCCUCACCUGCAGGCAGCUGGCUGUUCCGGAUGUAGGGGUGUGGCCCAGAUGUUAGAAGAGGGUGGGGGACCAUUAGGUUAUCUCUGAAGGUGGGGCUUAAUUCCCUUUAAUAGUCUGUCAUUAUCCUCUUCUGCAGGCAGGGGAGGAGAAGGCUGGUCUGCUGCCCCUCGGCAGCCUGGGGCCCCACACGCACAAGCACACACACACAUUCGCACAAGUGUGUGCCACUUUGCUGUGAGCAGCUCCCCAUGGCAGACCAGGUCCCUGCUACAGGAGGACACACAGCUGCUCACCAGGUUAAUAGCCCCAUGAGGCCACAGGGCCUUUGUGGCUGCAGCGCUGGGCAGGAGGGAGACAGCCAACCUCCUCCCUCCUGGCUGGGGGCUGUGGCCGCUGUUAGUCCCGAACCUCUGCCUGUCUGCAUUUGUGGGGACCCUGAAGAGUCCUCAGACCGAACCGGUUGUUGUCACUCUUUUGGGCCCGGAAUAAAGGCUUUUGUGGAACUGCCUUGGAUAACAUGGGUGGGAACCUGGAUCCUACCCUGCCUGAAGGUUCCCAGGCCCCUUUGCAAACACUUGCUCUGACCUGGCACCUUCCUGUCAGGAUCAGGACCCCGCUGAGGCUGAGCUGUGCAGAAGGAGCUGAGGAUGUGGGUCGGGAUCAGAGCCUCCUGAGUAAAGGGUCCUGGGUGGGAGAGGAGCUGAUGUGCAGAGAGAUCGGGAGUUGUGAGGCUCUGGAGUUACUGCCGGGGCCACUGGGCUCCUGGUGUCCUGCUAAGAGUGUUCUGGUGACCAGGCACCUCCUUUCUGAUCAAUAAAAACAUCGGCAUUCAUUUCCUUUGCUUGC